UACUGGAGGGUGGGUACACGCCACCAGUCAUGGCUGUGGGGAACAUCAACGAGCUGCCCGAGAACAUCCUGCUGGAGCUGUUUACCCACGUGCCCGCCCGCCAGCUGCUGCGGCGCUGUCGCCCCGUCUGCAGCCUCUGGCGCGACCUAAUCGACCUGGUAACCGUCUGGAAGCGCAAGUGUUUGCGUGAGGGUUUCAUCACAGAAGACUGGAACCAGCCGGUGGCCGACUGGAAGACCUUCUACUUCCUUCGCAGCCUCCACAGGAACCUCCUGCACAAUCCCUGUGCUGAAGAGGGGUUUGAGUUCUGGAGCCUGGAUGUGAAUGGUGGUGAUGAGUGGAAGGUAGAAGAUCUCUCUGGAGACCAGAGGAAGGAAUUCCCCAAUGGCCAGGUCAAGAAAUACUUCGUGACUUCUUAUUACACUUGCCUCAAGUCCCAGGUGGUAGACCUCAAGGCCGAAGGGUAUUGGGAGGAGCUGAUGGACACCACACGGCCGGAAAUCGAGAUCAAGGACUGGUUUGCAGCCAGGCCGGACUGCGGGUCCAAGUACCAGCUGAGCGUUCAGCUCCUAUCAUCAGCACAUGCACCUCUGGGGACCUUCCAGGCAGACCCAGCAAUGAUCCAGCAGAAGAGUGAUGCCAAAUGGAGGGAGGUCUCCCACACAUUCUCCAACUACCCACCUGGCGUCCGCUACAUCUGGUUUCAGCACGGUGGUGUGGACACUCACUACUGGGCUGGCUGGUAUGGCCCGAGGGUCACCAACAGCAGCAUCACCAUCGGGCCCCCACUGCCCUGAUGCCCCGAGCCCCCACCUGCCGAACCCCGACUGGUAAACUGCUUUCAGAGAUAGGCUGGGCUUGGG